UUCUUCUGGCCAAUCAGGCUUUGGCUCCGGUCAGUUCUCAGGUGCUGGCCGACCAGGUUGGUUCUGGACAGUCUCAGGUUCUGGCCAAUCAGGCUUUGGCUCCGGUCAGUUCUCAGGUGCUGGCCAAUCAGGCUUUGGCUUCAGUUCUCAGGUGCUGGUCAAUCAGGCUUUGGCUCCGGCCAGUUCUCAGGUGCUGGCCGACCAGGUUCUGGCCAAUCAGGCUUUGGUUCAGGCCAGCAGUUCGCAGGCGCUGGCUCUUCCCAAGCUCCAAGCAGGUCAUACGGUUACCCUUAAGCACACUUAGCCAAACGGCCGAAACGAGAACAAUGAAAUAAUCCUUUACGUGAACUUUACCAAUGUUAUUCAGCCGACGACGGAUGCGAGUCCUGAAGACAUUUUUAUGGUGCCACGUUGUUACCUGAACAGUACGCUUAUUAAUAUUAUGAUAUUAAACUUGAGUUUCA